CACGCACACACACACACACACACACACACACACACACACACACACACACACACACACACACACCCUCUCGGAGGCUCGUCGUGCAGAUGGAGGAGGAGGCGGCUCCCCGGCGCUCGGUCUCUGAACUCGCUGGAAGAUUUAAAAACUCGACGGCUGCUCACGAUGCUGCCGGGACAGAAACGGAGAAGCCGGUCAGACGGAGACCUCCUCGCUCUCUGAACAUCAAGCCCCCCGGAGACCAACAGCCUCUAGGUGUCACCUCUCCUCUACCUGCCAAAGCCAAGAGGAACUCGGCUCUGAUCGAGAAGCUGCAGAUGAACCUCUCUCUCGCCCCCUCCACAAUGAUUCCCUCCCCAAAGAGUCCCGGCUUCAGGAUGUUGCCCCCCUUUUCCCCCCCUCCCUCUCCAGGCCCCGCCCCUCCCUCUCCUGGCAACGCCCCUCCCGCCCCUGUUGCCACAGUAACCCCCACCAGCCCCAUCGCCUCCUCCCCAUUGGCUGAGGAGGAAGGCCCUGCCUCCUUUGAAGCCCCUCCCACUGCGGGGGACGGAGCCAUCCUGUCCAACAGUAACAUCAAGAGUCGAGCUCGUCACUCCAUCCGGCGACGCCCCCCGUCUCGCCGUCAUCGGACCUCCAGCACCGAGGAGGGGGUCAACACCGAGGGGGAGGAAAAAACACCUGGAGGGGGAGAAAAAGAGGAAGGAGGGGGAGGGGAAGAUGUGUUCAGGAAAGACGGAGAAACUGACGCUGCAACAUCACCUGAGAAACACGAAACCAACGAAGAAGAAGAAGAGGAGUCGAAGGUCAGUGUAGAGUCCAGAGAGGAAGAGAAGAAGAAGAAGGAGGAAGAGGAGGAAGAGGAGGGAGACUCCUCUUCAUCAGGGAGGACGGGGGAGGAAGACAAACAGGAAGCAGCGACAAACACCGAGAGCACAGAAGAAGAAAAAAAGGAGACGUCCAGUUCGUCCCGGUGAGGAUCCAGAAGCUCUGCCCCUGGGGGGCGGGGAGGGAAACCCUGCAGUGGCGUUAUAGGCCACGCCUCUCUGAGCGUGAAGCAGUGAAACUCUUAUGUGUGUACGAGGAAACGCUGGUGCAUUCUGGGAGUUUAACGGCUGCUUCAGAAACUCCUGGAUCUGUUUUUACUAACCGUCUGUUUUAUAUCACUGUGAUGCUUCCUCAUGAUGUUCGUAGUCUCUGUUCGUUAGUUUUGAGUUGUGCAACCAAAUGUUAAAGUUUCAUGAUAUUGAAAUAACCCGAAGCCUCAUUCCAAACAUUCAUAAAAACUACUUUUAAAUAACCUUUUUAGUAAGAAGCAGGAAGCAGCUCUAAGAUCUGUGUUUCCAUCGUCACAUUGUUCCUUUGAGUUUGAAACUGGAAUUAAAAAUGCAUAUUUUCUCUA